CUUCUGGCAGUUAUCCCUUCAUUUCGUCUAUUGUUUUUUAAUAUAAUUCAGUAACCGUCUCCGCAAGGUAUUCUCACCACAAAAACAAAAGCAUUGUGGAAGUAACCAUCUCCUGUCUUUCUUCUCUUUCCCAAAGCGCCAACCAACUACUUACCAAGCAAACCCAAUUUAAAACAAUACCGCCAAAAUUUAACCGCCAACCGCCCAGCUCCGUCGCCGCAUCAGCUUUUCUCUAAAUCUUCCAAAGCAUCUUUUUUGCUGUGCUUCCACCGUAUUGGAUCAUUCCCUGGUCCUCCUCUCCGACCCGUCGACGGCCAGUUGGCUUAAACUAUCGUAGACAUCAGCGUCCUAUUUUUUGAUAUCGUGGAUUUAAAUCGGAUGAGCCAGAGAAACGAGAAACCUUUGGGAGAAGAGGGAACGGAUGAUCCGAUCCCUCCGCUGCAAGUGGAUCUGAAGAUAAACGACAUCGUAGGGAAUGGGAUAUCGGGAAUGCUUUACAAAUGGGUGAAUUACGGGAAAGGAUGGAAACCGAGAUGGUUCGUUUUGCAAGACGGAGUUUUAUCGUAUUAUAAAAUCAGCGGACCUGAUAAGAUCCUUGUUAGCCAAGAAACAGAAAAAGGAUGCAAAGUUAUUGGCGAAAAAUCUCGCCGUAUUAUCUCCGGCCAUCGCGAUUCCUUUUCAAAUAAUUCGCUAACCAAUCGCAAACCCUUCGGUGAAGUCCAUCUAGAGGUUUCUACUUUCAGGCAAAGCAAAUCACACGAUAAGAGAUUCUCAAUCUUUACCGGAACGAAGAUGCUUCAUUUACGAGCCGAGUCGCAGGACGAUCGAGAAGCGUGGAUGGAGGCGCUUCAGGCUGUUAAGGAUAUGUUCCAUAGGGUGUUCCAUAGUAAGGUAGUGGCGCCGAUGGUGGACAAAGUGGCGAUUUCAACCGAGAAGUUGAGGCAACGGCUGGUGCAGGAAGGGUUAGACUCAGCGACAAUCGAAGAUAGCGAACAGAUCAUGAGGAAUGAAUUCGCCACGUUGCAGAAGCAGCUCGUAUUGCUUAAACAGAAACAAUGGCUACUCAUCGACAUCUUGCAACAAUUAGAGGUAUCGAAAGGAUGAAAUCUUGACCGCCCAAUCAGUCCAGGUGAAAAACACGAGGGGGACCCAUUCUAUCCAAUCUUCUCUUAAACCCAAAACGUCGGUGUAUUAAAAAAUCACGUGUGUACUUUUGGUGAAGGACUCUAUCAAACCGUAAUUGCAUCAGAUUAUUUGUGUUUUAGUUAUUUUCCAUACGUUUUAUAAAUUUUUUAAAUGUGUUUUAACAAAUUAAUGUGUUGAGUAUUGUUGUCUAU